CCUUUUUUUUUUUGGACUUGAAGUAUAUCCCAAGAGAACUUUUUUGUCGGUAUAGAUAACCAACAGGAAGCUAGCUCCUAUACUCCAUAUAUAUCUAGCUAGGUUCGUGCUCUGUUAUUGCUUAGGAUCCUCCAGCCUUUCCUUAUCUUGUAAGCCAAAAUUAAACACGCUUUUCUUGCUUCCAGCAGCCAGCAGCCAAUGAUGAUAUCUGUUCAGUUGCAAGCAUGGUAUUUUAGGGUUCCUAUAUCAGCGAUGGGUGCGUAGGGCACCAUGCGUAGGGCCUCCACCUGUUGCAGUUGCAAGCAAUGUAUUUUCAUGGCCGUGCGCAUCAUCAAGUCCAAGUGCUCAACGUAGCAGUCCACACAACAGUCAACACCUGCACACAUUCCCUGAUGACAGAUAAACAUUCUCUGCUGCAGAUUUGUUGCCUUGCUGCGAGGCCCUUCCGGCGGCCAGCAGGCCCAGCACAACCACUCCAACGAUCUCAUCAGGUCCAAGAAUUCCCUCCCAUGCACCGUCCGUCAAAUUACAAAUAAAACAACAAAGAGUGGAGGGAGAAGCAAAGACAAAAAUAAAGAGGAAAGAGAGAGGCAGAGAGAGAAAGAGGCCAAGAGAGGGAGAAGAAAAUCACAAGAGGAGGGAAACAGCAACUCCUAUAGUCCUAGGCUAGCUCCGAGCCCCCGGCCUCUUCCAGUUCCAGCAACACGCAACGCUGCACCUGCACUUGGCGUAGCCAUGAAGGAGUUCUCGUACGAGGAGGUGGAGGCGGCGACGGGCGGAUUCGCGGCGAAGAACCUCGUGGGCAAGGGCAGCCAUGGCAGCGUGUAUAGGGCCAGGCUGAGGGGAGGCGGCGGCAGGAUGACGACCGUCGUCGCCGUCAAGCGGCCGUCGCACGCGCAGGGGGUGGCCAAGCUCGCCAACGAGAUCGCCGUGCUCUCGGCCGCGCCGCGCCACCCGGGGGUCAUCGGCAUCGUCGGGGUGUCGUCGUCGUCAUCAUCGCCCCAGCCGCCGCCGCCGCCGGCCGCGUCGGGGCCUCGGCUCCCCCCGCUGCUCGUCAUGGAGUUCAUGCCCAACGGGUCGCUGCACGACCUGCUGCACCGGUCGCCGAGGCCGCCCCCGUGGCCGCGCCGCGUGGAGAUCGCGCUGGACGUGGCGCGCGCCGUGCAUGCGCUGCACGCCGCCGCGCCGCGCGUCAUCAUCCACCGCGACGUCAAGUCCGCCAACGUCCUCCUCGGCCGCGACGGCCGCGCCCGCCUCGCGGACUUCAGCCUCGCCGUCAGCGUCAAGGCGGUCCACGCGCCACCUGGAGCUGCUGGAGCCUGCGGCGGCGGCGAGGAGGAGGAGGAGGACGACGACGACGAGGAGGAGGACGAAGAAGGCGGCUCGUCGUCCGCGGGGCCAGCUCCGGCGGGCACGAUCGGGUACCUGGACCCCUGCUACACGGAGCCUGGUCGGCUAGGCCCCGCGAGCGACGUGUUCAGCUUCGGCGUGGUGCUCCUGGAGCUCGUGAGCGGGCGCAAGGUGAUGGACGUCAACUCGUGCCCGUCGUCCAUCGUGUCCUGGGCGGCUCCGCUGAUCGCCGCGGGGCGGGCGCGGGAGGUGCUCGACGGCAGGGUGGCCGCGCCGCCCACGGCGCGCGCGCACCGCGCGUUGGCCCGCGUCCUCGCCGUGGCGGCGCGGUGCGUGUCGGAGACCGUGGAGCGGCGGCCGGCCAUGGACGAGGUGGUCUCCGAGCUGCGCGGCGCCCUCGAGAGCGCCGGGUGGCGGUGGCGCCACCACCGCCGCGGCGACAGCGGCGGAGGCGGCGUGGUGGAGCGGGUGUGCAGGCGCGUCGCGUCGUGGGGGCAGCGCGUGCGGAGGAGGAGCAAGAGGGUGGUGAGGGCGACCAAGGUCGAGUGCACCGAGCACUCCGACAGCGGCGGCGUCGCGACCGGCUCGUCGUCGUGCGCGGCUGCUCUGCCGUCGCAUCGGAGCAACAACGGCAUGAUGAGCGGCGCCGGCGCGGCGCACUCAAACGAAUCAUCCAAAGCAAAAGAGAACGCUUUGAAUCGAUUCGAGAGCGAAUUGGAUCUCGUUUUCAGUAGUUGAUUGAUGAUAAACCUUGGAUGGAUUUGGAUUGAGGAUAAACCUUAGACUGUUACUGUCACAAGUAGUUACGAGACUAAUUAAUCUACGGCUGUGUUUUGCUCGGGUUUGUUCGUUGUUCACCUCGUGCAAGAUAUACACGUACGUCAGUAUCGAGAUAUGGAUUGACGUGGCGAUGAUGUAUAUACACUUGAUAAUUCACGUUUGAAAUUUGGGUUUUCUUCAUCUUUGACACUUCAA